CCCUUAGUAAUGUUUCAACCGAAAAAUACAUAAAUCAGGAAAAAAUAAAUGGUUCUUUAAAAUUAUCAGUGAACAUAUUUAAAAAAUUAUUAUUAAAUUCUAAAGUAUAUACUCGCGAUGGAAGUUGGUGUUACCCUAAACAACGAACUUGAGGAAAAGAUUUCGGAAGCAUUUUGCAUUUUUGAUACACAUGGCGAUAAGUAUAUUGAUUCCCGCAAUGUCGGCAACGUUCUCCGAUUUUUAGGUUGCGUGCCCACCGAAAAAGAGGUCGAAGAUGUCAUAAAGGCCACCGAUUCCGUGGACUAUCCAGGGGAAAUCCAUUUGGUCAGGUUCAUGGAACAUGUUUCCAAACUGCUGAUGGAUCGACAAAUGGAACCAGCAUCGUCAGAAAAGCUUCUCGAGGCCUUUGAGACCCUAGAUCCAGAAAACAAGAAGUAUCUGACCAAGGAGUAUUUUGGCAAAUUGAUGGCGGAGAAUGGAGAGCCCUUCACCGCUGAAGAACUGAAUGCUAUGUGGCCUGUGGCCAUUGAUCCCAUUACUGGACACAUUCCCUACACCUUCUACAUAAAUCAACUCAAGCACAAGCCUAAGAUCUAUGACAUUGCGGAGGUUAUUAAAGAGGAAUUGGCCCAAGCCGAAAAGGAAAAGGGCAAGAAACCACAACAAACAAUGUUAUAGAUGGCCCCUAAAUAAUAACACUGAAAAUAAAUUUAUAUACAUUUAUAUAAUCUUAAAAAGAA